UUACACGGGACAAGUAGUCACUGUUCUGAUAAAAAGUACAUUUUCAUUGAAAUACAUGUUGUUUUCUUGAAAAUAAUCGAAAAUUUUUAAUAAUAAUCAAUUUGAAUAAUUUUUUAAUGCUUUCAUGAGUCGUCAUUGCGUCUGACGUUGCGUUUGAUAAUUAAUUAUAGUAUAAUUGCAAAAAUUUGAAUUGCCACUGUUAUCGAUUAGAAGUUUCAAAAUUGAAGAGUACGGUUGGUUGAUCUUGGCGACCUUGAGUAAUGUGAAGUGACAUAUUUGAGACCGGCAUUUUUGUUAUCGUUAUCGUUUGACUUAUUAUUUCGAAUUUUUUCUCAUUCACAUGCCUCCCAACAGGCUCGAAGAGGAGUUUACCAUGCGUUCUUCUUCGGAUGUAUUUCAUUCGCCUAACUCCGUAGAAAAAUGUUUAUGGAAUGUGAAGAACAGGCCGUUAACUUUUUUUGUGUUAUUAUGCGUUGUUAUUGCUAUAUUAGGAGGAAUAGUCUUCUUUACCACUGAUAUUUUCAAUAAACCUGAAGCUCAAACAAAUCUUCAAACAUUAGAUUUUAAUGAAUUAAUGAAGGGAAGUUAUGAGCCCAAUCAUUUUAAUGGCACGUGGAUAUCUGAUUCUGAAAUUUUGAUGAAGGACGCCAAUGGACAUAUCGUUUUGUUUAAUGUUAAAACUAUGAAUAAUUUAAUUUUAGCAUCCAAUUCUACGCCGAAUGUCGAUAAAUGUUUUCAAUUUGAAUUAUCAGCCAACAAAGAAUAUCUUCUGAUAGCCUAUCGCUACCGAAAGGUUUAUAGGCAUUCCUUUACAGCUAACUAUGAUCUGAUCAACGUUAAAACUGGAGUUCAACAAACACUGAUAAAUUCUGUUACCAGAAAGCCAAGAGAGUUGCAAUUAGCCAAAUGGUCUCCCAUUGGUAGUGCUUUAGCAUUAGUCGAACAAAAUAAUAUUUUUUAUAAAAGUUCAGCUUUUAAUCAAGUUGAAGAACAAAUUACUGUAACAGGAGAUACAAAUACUGUCAACGGUAUUCCAGAUUGGGUUUACGAAGAGGAAGUACUGAGCUCUAACAGCGCUCUGUGGUUUUCAAAAUCUGGCACAAAAUUAGCAUUCGCAUCGUUUAAUGAUGUGAAUGUUUCAAUUAUGGUUAUGCCUUUGUACGGACAACCGGGUAACUUAAGGUACCAAUAUCCGUCUAAUGUUGGCAUUCAUUACCCGAAAGUUGGUACGCCUAAUCCUAUUGUAGAAUUUUAUGUGAAGUUUUUGAAUAAAAAAGAUUUAAUAAAAGUAUCACCACCUGUGGAUAUUAAUGAGAAUGAUUUAAUAUUAAAUAACGUAUUGUGGUCAGACGAUUCAAAUUUAUUUAUUAACUGGAUGAAUCGAGUUCAAAAUGAAACUCGGCUUGCUCAUUAUAUUGUCAGUGAUGAUGAAAUAAAACUAAAUAUUGUUACGAAAUUAGUCCAGAAUCAAGGUUGGUUGGAUUUUACUCAAACACCAUUAGUAGGAAUUAACAAUUCCCUAGCCAUAAUACAUCCUGUAAAACAAGCUAAUGGUGAAUUUUACAGGCAUGUCAAUUUAGUACAACCUGAUGGUACAUUAAAAGCCCUUACGAGUGGCUCAUUUGAAGUUAUUGAACUUUUGAAAUGGAAUCUUGAAUCGAAUAUAAUAUACUUUACAGCAAACACUGAAGAAAAUCCAGAAGAAGAAUAUAUGUACAAAAUUAAAGCGUUAGAAAAUAGUAAAAUGGAAUGUUUAACUUGUACAGGAACGUGUGAGUACAGCUCAAUAGCGAUGAGUGAAGGUGGUAGCUACUUUACACACACAUGCAGUGGACCUGACGUACCAGAAAUCCACAUUAUGAAUUCUAUUAAUGGCCAACAAUUGUUAGAGUGGGACUUAAAUAUUGAUCUUAAAGUAUCAUUAAAAUCUAUAGUCUUACCACGAGUAUUAUUCAUUGAUGUACCAUUGUUAGAUGAUUACAAAGCUCGAGUUAAGCUUAUACUUCCACCAACUUUAGAUGAAAAUUCUGACACUAAAUAUCCUAUGCUCGUAAAUACCUAUGCCGGGCCUGGAUCAAACUUGGCACUAAAAAAAUUUUAUUUGGAUUGGAAUAAGUAUUUUAGUGUCGAUAAAAAUAUCAUUAUUGCACAAAUUGAUGGUCGUGGAAGUGGAAGAAGAGGCAAUAAAUAUCUAUUUGCUAACUACAGGAAAUUGGGUACUUACGAAAUUGAGGAUCAAAUAACCGUUGCUAAAUACUUGCAAACAAAAUAUUCAUACGUCGAUAGUUUGAAAACUGCAAUUUGGGGAUGGAGUUAUGGUGGCUUCACUUCUGGUAUGGCGCUAGCUAAAGAUGACAAAAAAAUUUUUAAGUGUGCUCUUUCUGUAGCACCCGUCACUGAUUGGAUAUAUUACGAUACAAUUUAUACUGAACGAUACAUGGGUUUAUUCUCAGAAAACCUACAAGGAUAUCAAAAUGCUAGUUUAAUAACUUAUGCUGAAAAUAUUCGUGGUAAAAAAUUUAUGUUAAUUCAUGGUACUUUUGACGAUAACGUACAUUACCAACAGUCAAUGAUGUUAUCUAAUGUUCUUGAACAUAAAGUUGUGCUCUUCAGGCAACAGACUUAUCCAGAUGAAGCGCAUGGAUUGAAUAGCGUUCGACCUCAUGUAUAUCAAACGAUCGGUUCAUUUUUUAAUGAUUGUUUUGGCGACAAAAUGUGAUUUAAAGGCAUUAUUUGGUCCAGAGUGUCACUAUAAAUGUUUUUUUGUCAUACUUGCUUAGUGUGUUUAUUUUUAAAUUUUCAUGCAUACAUAAUACAUAAAUGUACAUUUUAUUUAUAUUAACUGAUUAUCAUUCAAAUGUAUUUAUUAAUGUUAUCAGUUAAUUAAAUAUAAACUAUAUUUCAAGUG